AUGAGUGCGCAGGGCAAUCUGCAACGCCCUAGAAGCGCAAGCUGGAAGGUGGAAGCUAUUCGCAGAGGCAAUCUCAAGAUUAGUGGGCCAAUUCCAAUUGAGGAAGACACGCCAUUGAACGAUGAGGAAGAGAGGGAAUUUGCUGGGAGGCGCGGCGACAAGAGGACCGAGGAAGCCUUUGACGUGCCUGUACCUCCACAACACACAAUACGACAGGUCCCCAACUCUCAAGCAACGUUACGGCAAGAAGACGCUACAGAAGAGACAGCAACGAAGACAGUUAGCCACGACAGGGACAUGGCACGGCAGGAAGCUGAACUUCACGAUCAACACCCAGCGAGGUCUCCACUGAGAUCACCAUUGGGCAUGCAUCCUACAGAUGGCACACUUGCAGGACAACGUGAAAGCGUUUUCCAACCAAGAUCCCACACACCACCAACGCCCUUGCGAGCGACGCCGGAGAGCACUUCCCACGCAAACACGGCAGCAGCCAAGAAGCAGAAGCGCAAGAGCGGGAUUAGAGGCGUCUUCCGCAAGAUGUUUGGGCGCAGAGAUCGAGAAGAGUCGCAGGAGCGAAAUGAAGAACCUGCGCGCCGAGGGCAUAGCUACCAUCAUAGUGAUCCUGGCCUAUUGCAAAAAUCACUGAUGGCACCACAAGAGCCGCCGAUAUCUAAUGCACAGCGAAUCUCAAACCUGACUGUGAAAGAGCUGCAGCCACCACAUCCGUUGGGUCAACAUCUGCCGUAUCCCAUGAACGUCAAUGCGCCUCCGGCGAGUCCGCCAAAUGAGUACCUGAGGUUCGACUUGCAGCGACCUGAUCUAGGUACCCGCAGAGCGACGCUCCCAAACCUACCUGGCGGCGUGGCACAGCGCCACAGUCUUGACGAACCGCGUGGCAGAUUAUCGACUUGGGAAGAGAAGACUGAGGAUGAACCUUUACCAUCGCCUGGCAUUGGCAUAGCACUGUCCAGUCCACCACACGCCGCUCGAACUUCUCUUGGGGACAGGCGCAGAUCUAGAAGUGCUGGCGCCCUACGAGAAUUGGCGAAGGCGCGCUUCUCAAACGACAAUAGCACGACUAGGAAGGAUGUGAUCAAAACUUGGAGGGACAGCUAUGCUUCGGCCAGCGUGUACAGCCAGAGCACCCGGCCACAAACCGCAAGGACGGUGGAAACAAUACGAAGCGUCCACACGAAAGGUCCUAGCGUGCAGGAAGCUGAGUCGAUCCACGAAGGGAUGAGCGCAACCCUUGUAGGGCCGGACGAGCUGACGCCAAACGAGCCUACACCCACGGCACAGGCUCCCAGCACGCCUGAGCCUGCACCUAGAGCACAAAAUUGGAGCACGCCUGAGCAUCCUCCUGUAUCUGCAUUCAACUUUGGCAACCUGGAGCCGAGCAGCCCUCGUGAGCACAAGGAAACCCUUGCGCAGCUUGAAGGCCCACCUGUGCCAUCUCGCAGUCCAAGACGCCGUUCAGUGGAAGAACGCGUCCAAAACCUCGAAGAGAACAUCCACACUCUCGAAUCCUCGCUCCGCCGCAUUUCCACCCACAACAGCCGCCAGACCAUCAUCCUCGAAAACGCGCCUCGAAACCUGCGCACGCGAACACGCAGCACCUCGCGCUCCGUCUCGGUAGUCAGCGUUCACCAGCGCGAAGCACUCCCUGCCGCUCAGUCCAGCAACCUCGCCUACGAGUCCAGCCCACCAUCCCCUCCCCUGACGCACAGCGACGAGAAGCCUAGCAAAGAGGACCUUGCCCCUCUGCACGCGCUGCUCUCGGAAGAAUGCACCGCGCGCCUCGCCCUCGAAUCGCGCGUCCUCGCCCUGCAGAGUGAAGUCUCGGCCCUGCACGAUCUGGUCAACAAACUCAUCAAUCGAUCGACGGUUGCAGCGACAAGUCCAAACUACCCCACGCCCAGUCCAGAUAGCAUCCAUCGAAGCAGCGAGGACAUGCUGCCGACGCCGCGAGCGGGGAGACACGAGGCAAGGAGGCAGGGGACCGAAGACAGUGAGGUAGUGAGUCCAGAGGUGUGGGCUACGCCGAAGGAAGAGGCGUUUGGGGAGCUGAGCAACAGGAGCGGGUUCUUCCAUGGCGGAGAGACGAUGCCGCAGUCGAACGGCAUCCACUGA